AUGUUCUCCAAGAUUGCAUCUAUUCUCGCCCUUGUGGCCAGCGCUAAUGCGCAUGGCUACCUAUCUUCUCCUAUGAGCCGGACUGGCUUGAAUGCUCAAUCUGGCGCAGAUACAUGCCCGGAGUGCACCAUCCUUGAACCCGUCACAGCAUGGCCAGACCUGGACGCUGCCAAGGUGGGCCGCUCAGGUCCUUGCGGAUACAACGCUCGCGUAUCUGUCGACUAUAACCAGCCUGGUCCUCGCUGGGGUUCGCAACCGGUCAUCACCUACAAGGGCGGAGAUGUGGUUGAUGUACAAUGGUGCCUCGAUGCCAAUGGUGACCAUGGCGGCAUGUUCAGCUACCGCAUCUGCCAGAAUCAAGCUAUCGUCGAUAAGCUCUUAACCCCUGGAUACCUUCCUACUGAGGCAGAGAAGCAAGCAGCUGAAGAUUGCUUCGAGGCCGGCGAGCUGAAGUGCACGGAUGUUCCUGGGCAGACAUGCGGCUACAACUCUGAUUGUCAACAGGGCCAGGCUUGCUGGAGGAACGACUGGUUCACGUGCGGUGGCUUCAAUGAUGGCUCCAAAUGCAGGAGCGUCGACAACGCAGCCCUCAACUCGUGCUAUACUAGUAUCGCAGGCGGUUACACGGUCAGCUCAAAGAUCAAGAUACCCAACUACACAAGCAACCACACGCUUCUUUCGUUCAAGUGGAACUCGUUCCAAACUCCGCAAAUCUAUCUGACGUGUGCCGACAUCAAGAUUACUGGCAGCGGCUCAGGCGGCACCACUCCACCCACUUCGAGCAAAGCUCCAACGACCACCACGAAUCCAACUUCGACGGCAGUACCCAGCGGCUGCGCAACGCCUGUGUCUACUGUAACUGUGACAUUCAACUCGAAGACCACAACGGUUGUCGGUCAGACAAUCAAGAUUGUUGGAUCUAUCACCCAACUUGGCAGCUGGAACACAGCGUCUGCACCUGCACUAUCCGCAAGCCAGUACACCACCUCGAACCCGCUGUGGUCGACAAAGAUCAACCUCCCCGCUGGUACCAGCUUCGAAUACAAGUUCAUCAAGGUCGAAAGCAGUGGUACCGUGACGUACGAGUCAGGUGCUAACCGCGUGUAUACCGUGCCGAAGGGGUGCUCUAGCGCAGUCACUGUUGACAGCACGUGGAAGUAG